AUGCGGAAAGUGAAGACAAUUUAUAAUGUACUACUUUUUUAUUUCAGUCAUCCUUCCAUUAUUUUUUCUCAUGUGGCUUUUCGUACAGCCGCCAUUUUAUUCUACAUUUUUGCGCAUCUCUUCACGGAUUCAUUUAUCAUCCAAUUUCUAGUGAUUCUGAUUUUAUUAUCAAUGGAUUUUUGGACAGUUAAAAAUAUUACUGGUCGACUUCUUGUUGGUCUUCGCUGGUGGAAUUUUGUAGAUGCGGAAGGGAAUAAUCAUUGGCGAUACGAAUCAGCAAAAGAUAUGUCUCGUUUUGAUGCUUUGGAACGGCAAAUCUUCUGGAGUGCAUUAACAGCAGCGCCAGCUUUAUGGGCACUUUUGGCUUGUAUUGCUUUCGUAACAUUGAAGUGGGAAUGGAUGAUAGUUGCAUUAAUUGGCCUAACGAUGAAUGCAGCUAAUUUAUAUGGCUAUUUGCGAUGCAGAUGGGCAACAACCAAUGAAUUCACUAAUUACUUCUCUAAAAUAGCAUUUCUGUCGGUAAAUUGUUUUCUUUUCUCAAUUUUCAUCUUCCAUUUAGCUUACAUUUUUUUUGUGUAA